CGGAGCUCACACAGAGUCUCUGUGCAGCUAGCCUCCAUGAGUCCAUCUCCAUCCACUUUGACCCUCGCCUCCUCCACCGAUCAACCAUGUCUCAGACACUGCCGGACGACCUCCUUGAGGAGGUCUUCCUCCGCCUCCCGCCGGGCGAGCCCGAGCACCUCGUGCGCGCUUCCCUCGCCAGCAAGCUCUGGCUCAGCCUCCUCGCCGGCGCUCGCUUCCGUGGCCGCUACGCCGACCGCCACGGAGCUCCUCCCAUGCUCGGCUUCCUCUACUCCUGGCCUGAGUACGCCGGCCCGGAGGACGAAGAACACAAGCCGCACUUCGUCUCGACCAUGAAGUUCGCCCCACGUGUCCCCGACGAUGACUGGAGCGAUCUGGCCUACUCUGCGUGGGACUGCCGCCAUGGCCUCGUCCUCCUCGGGGAUAGGAGCAGGUCGCCCAUGGGGUUCGUCGUCUGGGACCCCAUGACGGGCUGCCGGUGGGAGCUCGACGUGCCGACGGGAUACAUGUCCACUAAACAACGUGGGGCCGCUGCCGUGCUCUGUGCUGUGGCCGGCUGCGACCACCGCGCGUGCCAUGAGGGACGCUUCCGGGUCGUCUUCGUCAGCCUGGACAAGACAAAUGGUGUUGGUGUUGCACGCGCGGGCAUCUUCUCCAUGGAGAAGGGUGGGGUGAGCAAGCCGUGCUCUCCUCUUCAUCUUGCCGGUGGAGCAACAGUCGACGAAAUGCCAUCAGUCCUCGUCCAAGACGCACUCCACAUCAUGGUUCGGCGACCUCAAGCCUAUGUAGCACUAGCAAUUCUCAAGUACGACUUGAGCUCUGAUUGCUUAUCACUGAUUGAUAUACCGUCGGAGGUGUCUGCGACUAUCGGCAGCACCAUCAUCAUGGCGAUGGAGGACGGAAGUUUAGGGAUUGCGGGGAUGGCAAACACGGAUAAGUUUAUCCUCCACCUGUGGUCCAAACAGAUGGGUUCUGAUGGAGUUGAUGCAUGGACUCACCGUAGAGCCAUCGAUCUCAAGGCAUUCCUCCCCAUUCAAAAUACCAAGAAAAGAGUUAUUAGACUGAUUGGAUCUAUGGAGGGGAGUGAUAUCAUUUUCGUGACCACGGAUCUUGGCAUCUACGAAAUUAAUCUCAAGUCACUGCGGUGGACGAAGCUAUGGAAGAGAGAAAGGUUCCGUGCCUUGAUUCCGUAUAUGAGUUUCUGCAACCCACAAGAAAGAGCGAGCACAAGCGAUGAGGCGCAUUGACGACCGUGAGUAAUGGAAUAUGCUUAAUACCAUGAAGCCAGUACCAUAAUUUAGAGGCGUCGGGGUUGUGUGAGUUAUGUACUAUUUAGUUCCUCGUUUUGUGUAAUGGUGUUUGUUUUCUCACCCUUUGGUAGUUUUUGUGAGUGACCUUGAUAAUUUCCUCUUGUUAGUGGAAUGUGUAAGCAGAUGAAUGAAUUAUCUUUGUAAUGAACCUCUAACUCGUGUAGCAUUAACUCUGAUGUUUAA